CCAUCAAAUACAAUUUCAAUUCUUUCUUUCAGCGUGGGAAAGGAGGCCCAUUGGCGAGAAGGGGAGUCCAGCUUGGGAAUGAAGAAUGCAUGGCUGCAAUGGUCAGAUACAUCCCAGUUCCAGAUAGCCUCCACCCUGCAGUAGGAACAUACCCCAUGAUGAGCACAGGCCCACCAGGAAAAGGGACUCCAUCAAGAAAGAUGAAUGGGCAUCUGAAUAAAGGGCGAGGACACUCAGGUUGGGGUGGGCCAUACCACCAGCAUCCCUCAAGACAGGGGAGGGUCACACGGUGGUCAUACUACCAUGAGGGGGAUGUGGAAGUUCCAGAGAUUUGUGUUUACUCAAUUGAGAAUCGCUGCAUGCACGAAGCUACUGGAUGUGUGAGACUCCAUGCAAAGUGUACUUCACAGUGGCAGCUAAUGGAUAAAGGCCGUUGGUAUAACUUCCGUAACUUUCAUUCUAUAGAGAUUGAGACAGCAUUUGAAGAUGUGACAAAAGAUAGAGUGAGUCUCAGCAUUGUAAAUCCAGCCAUGCUAGGUAAGGCUGGUCAAGGCAUGCUUAAACUUAUGGGAACAUUUCAAUGGGAAGUAGACUUUAAUGUUAUGGUUUUGAAAAGAUCUGAUGGCAAAAGGAACUUCAAGAUUCGAAGGGUGUCAACUCAGUCUGCAGCUAUCUCCAAGAGUGCCAAAGCCACAACCUUUGAAUGGUACUUCUUAGAUGCAAACAGUAAAUGGGUGAAGUAUGGACAAGUAGAUACACUUGGCAGGGUUGACAUGGUAACACAGAUAAACAGUGAAGAGAUUGAAUCUAAGUUUAUACCAGGACCAGACACAGCAAUUUUGUUCAGUAACUCCAAAUUUCAGUAUCAGUUGGACUUCACAGCAAUGACACAAACAAAUCUAUCGACAGGAAAAGUAAGGGUUGUUCGUAGGAGACCUGUGAAGAAACAAAGCACAAAACAUAAUUCAAAGACAACCGGACAAAAUAGCAACACAAAUCAGGAACUUCCAGUUACAUGGGAUAAAAUGAGUGAUGGUGAUAAGAUGACUUUGGUUGCCCUAAGUGAAACUAGUCAGGAGUACAGAGAUAUUAUGACAAGCAUUCUUUCAACUAUCCCUAAUGUGAGACCAUUAAGCAUCAAACGAAUACAAAGCCCUUUUCUCUGGCGACCCUUCAAGAACAAAGAAAAAGAACUUGCCAUCAAGUAUGGAGGAGAUAAAAAACUCAAUAUACAAAAGCUUUUCCAUGGAACCAAGUCAGAGCAUGUUGAUAACAUAUGCAGAGAAAACAUUGACUGGCGACUUCAUGGCUCGAAUAUUGCCCAGUUAUAUGGACAGGGAACCUACUUCUCAAAUAGCGCCGCCUGUGCUCAUGGUUAUAGCACCCCUGAUGCUUUUGGACACCGAUUUCUCAUGGUAGCAGAAGUUAUUAUUGGACAGAUAGCUAAAGGGGAUCCUUCCAUGAAAAGGCCCCCAAAGAAUCCAACCACAGGGGAACUUUAUGACACUACAGUAGAUAAUGUAAAUUCCCCAAAAGUCUUUGUAAAAUAUGACAAGCAGGAAUAUUGCCCUUUCUAUAUCAUAGAGCUCUCCUAGGUAACUUGAAAUAACUAAAGAAAUAACUAAAUAAAUUUAUUAAUUUCUUGCAGUUGUAAGUAGGCUGUAGAACUAAUGCAGUUAGAAUAUGAAGCUAUGAACUAUGUAUUAAUGUCUAAAAACCAUCUUUCAUUUUGAUCAUUUGAUACAGGCCUUAUGUAUGUAUAUGUAACUAUUGGUGAUUGUGCAAGCUCUUUCUAAUGAGGGCAGUAAGAUACAUCUGUAACAUUUUUAUUUUAAGUAGUUAAUCGUACUCUUGAAGUAUGAUUAACUUGUAAACUUCCACUUGUAAAAUCAGUGCAUCUCAAUUGAUGAUGUUUGCAAUUAUUUCCACAAAUUUACACAAAAGAUGAUGUCAUAUUGCAAUGUAGCUUUUCAGGGCUUGAAGAUUCUAAUGAGAAUGUUAUAAUUGUAAUCUAAAUAAUUCAAAGAGAGAUGGUUAGACUAAUCUAAAGUGUAUGUAUGUUUACUUUACUGCAAAUAUGGCAGUAUAGUGUACUAUUUCAGAUACAUUAAAAUUACUGACUGAAAAAAUAGUUUAUGGAUAGAUCUAAAAUGAAAACAGAGGCACUGUAUGAAAACAUUUGUGCAGUUCUCUCUAAAUGGAUUGAGUGUUUUUAUUAUUAUUAUUGUUGUUGUUGUUAUUGUUAUUGUUAUUAUCAUUAUCAUUUUCAUUAUUUUUUUUAUAUUUUUUAUUAUUACUAUCAUUAUUUUUUAUUAUUAUUAUA